AUGGUUUCCUCAUCAUCGAGACAAAGACAGACUGGUGAUGAGACAACUGAUGUUCAAGUGACUUACGAUGGACAAGAGCACCAAAGUACUCAAAGUCGAGGGAAGUCCAUUGAUGCAAAUGCAACAACUGGAGUAUCUGCUCAGUCGGUGAAGGUGAAGAAAGCUGUUGUGCCAAGGUCUGGUGUGUGGAGCCAUUACACCCGAACCAAGGACACUCGUGACAAAUGCAUUUGUCACUAUUGUCAGAAGGUAUUCUCUUGUGCUACCAAAUCAGGAACAUCAAACCUCCAGAAGCAUUUGACCAUCUGCAAAGAAUACCAAACAUGGUUAACCAGCCAAGGAAAGAAUCAGACUCUGAUUAAUACAGAAGGCAAUCUGAAGUCAUCAAAGGUCCCAGAGCCGGUUUAUAGAGAAGCCUCUAACGAGCUGAUUGUCUUAGCCGAAUUGCCUCUUUCUUUUGUUGAAAGUACGGCUUGGAAACAUUUCUGCAGAAAGGUUAACUUUUACAAGCCACACUCUAGGAGGACUGCGACUCGAGACAUUGUUGAGAUGUUCGUGCAAAAGAAGGCAGCUUUGAAGAACCUGCUUCGCACAACCAAACAAAGAGUGUCAUUAACAACUGACAUUUGGGUUUCUCAAGUCACAGGUGCUAGUUACAUGGUGAUAACUGCCCACUUCAUUGACGCUUCAUGGCAGCUGAAGAAGCUCAUUAUUGGCUUCAAGUACGUGAUGGACCACAAAGGUCAGACCAUAGCUACUGUCCUCUUGGAAUGUUUAGCUGACUGGGGGAUUGAGAAGGUAUUCUGCAUCACGGUAGAUAAUGCGACUGCUAAUACUUCUGCCAUUAGAAAAUUCCAUAGGGAUUUUAGUGAGGUUGCCCCUGAUGCAUUCGUUUUAGAUGGUAAUUUCUUGCACAUGAGGUGCUCUGCUCAUAUAAUCAACUUGAUUGCUAAGGAUGGUUUGGCUGAGGUGGGGGAUAAUGUCUUAGCGAUUAGGAAUGCUAUCCAGUAUGUGCGCUCUUCUACACCUAGGCUGAAUGCAUUUGACCUUAGAGUUACUAGUGGGAGAAUGAGCCGUGGUAGCUUGCCUCUAGAUGUAAAGACUAGGUGGAAUUCUACAUUUCUUAUGCUGUCUAGGGCUCUUCAGUUCCGUGUAGCGUUUGAAAAGAUGGAAGCAGAAGACCGGCUAUAUAAUGACUAUUUCCUGGAUACGGAAAAUGGUGUUAAGAGGUGUGGACCACCUGGUUAUGGAGACUGGAGUGCUGUUGACAAGCUGAAGAGAUUUCUGGUGAACUCCUACAAGUGCUAUGGUGAGAUUGUGACGAUUGAGAGGAACCUGACUGCACUAGCUAACAGUUUUGAUCCUGAGCUGAAGGUGAAAGCAACUGAUAUGCUUCAGAAGUUUCUGAAGUACUGGGAUGGCAUGAAGAGUGUCAACAGGAUGCUGAUAUUGGCGACUGUGUUUGAUCCUAGGAAGAAGAUGCAGUUUGCCAAGCUUUGCUUUGAGAAACUCUAUGGGAAGAACAGCUUGGAGUCCAAAGAAAUGCUAGACUCUGUUGGUGAUCUUCUCAAGUCCAUGUUCCGGGAGUAUAACAACCGUUUCAGAGGGUCUACUGGACAGUCUUCUCAGUCGAGUCAAGCUGAGGCUUCCCUGCCUAGUCAAGAUUCUCAAGAACAAGGCGUGGAUAAAAUGGAGCUCGUGGUUGAAGAUUAUGGGUAUGAGAGGAUGGAUUGUGUGUACAAGGAGCUGGUUGCUGAGAAGGGAGAUGAUACAAGAGAUGAGCUAGAGGUGUACUUGAAGGAUCCAGUUGAAACUCCAGCCUAA